AGGCUGUGUAAGAUCCAAGACCUGAAAAAAUGGCAUUGGCAGCAAUUGAUCCACAGCAGAACAUUGUAUCGAGGGUUGUCAACCUUCCUUUAGUGAGCUCCACCUAUGAUAUGGUGUCUGCAGCUUACAUCACCACAAAGGACAACCAUCCUUACCUGAAGUCAGUAUGUGAGAUAGCAGAGAAAGGAGUGAAGACAAUUACUUCGGUAGCCAUGACAAGUGCUAUGCCUAUCAUCCAGAAACUGGAACCACAAAUUGCAGUUGCCAACAACUAUGCAUGUAUGGGUCUAGACAAAAUUGAAGAGAGACUGCCUAUACUGAAUCAACCAACUGACAAGGUUGUCACCAAUGCCAAGGAUGUAGUUGUUGGAGCCAGAGAAGCUGUGACAACCACCGUGACUGGUGCCAAGGAAACUGUUGCUCACACGAUCACCGGAGUUGUGGGCAAGACUAAAGAAGCAAUGCAAGACAGCGUAGAAAUGACCAAAUCAGUUGUCAAUGGCAGCAUUAACACUGUCCUGGGAAGUCGUGUGGUGCAAAUGGUGAGCAGCGGAGUGGACAGUGCUCUCACUAAAUCAGAGACCCUUGUAGACCAGUAUCUCCCACUUACAGAAGCAGAAUUAGAGAAAGAAGCUGCAAAAGUUGAAGGUUUCGAAGUUGGAGUUCAAAAGCCAAGCUACUACAUUAGACUAGGAUCCCUGUCUUCAAAGGUCCGCACGCGUGCCUACCAACAAGCCUUAAACAAAGUUAGAGAUGCUAAACAGAAAAGCCAGGAGGCAAUCUCUCAGCUCCACCACACUGUUAGUCUGAUCGAGUAUGCCAGAAAGAACAUGAAUAGUGCCAAUCAGAAACUUCUUGAUGCUCAGGAAAAGCUUUAUCAAUCCUGGGUAGAAUGGAAGAAAAAUACAGGCCAAAAUGAUGGUGAUGAAUCGCAUAGCGCUGAGCACAUUGAGUCAAGAACUCUAGCUAUUGCACGGAGCCUCACUCAGCAGCUUCAGACCACCUGCCUCACACUAGUCUCAAACCUACAGGGGCUGCCACAGAAUGUGCAAGAUCAGGUUUACAGUGUUGGGUCAAUGGCAGGUGAUGUCUACCAGAGCUUUCGGUCAGCCUCCUCCUUCCAAGAAUUAUCAGACAGCUUUCUUAACACUAGCAAAGGACAGCUGAAGAAAAUGAAGGAGUCUCUGGAUGAUGUGAUGGAUUAUCUUGUUAACAACACGCCACUCAACUGGCUGGUUCCAGAUUUCACUAUUACAGACCUGUCUUCAGAGUCAGAUGAUAUCCCAGACAUUUUGGAUUUGGACGAAGAUGAUCAACAAGACUUUUCACGCACAAACGGUCCUUACACUACAGGGCAAAGAGCUGAAUGAAGAGAAGCAUAAAAAUGUCUUUUUGAUACAAUGUACUUUUGCCAUGUUUAACUUACAUUUCUCCUUUUUAAGAUGAACCUGCCUAGCUUAGGGAUUUUGGGGAUAUUUUUUUUUAAUCACUACUGUUUCACUUAGGUGCAUCAAAAUUCUGAUUUUUCCAUCCAGGGAAUGCAUGCUACAUUCAUUCAUUAGCAUGGGUGUCAAGCUCCCAUUCUACAAGCCAGGUAUAGCCUAAUCAGUGUAUCCAGCUGAUCUAAUCUUUGUUAAUGAUUUGUUCUCCUGCUGGGAGCAGCUAUGAGAACACUCCAGUGCUUUGCAUAAAGGGCUGCCAACAAAAGGAGUUGAUAAGGAUUUGCCCACAAAAUUUGCCCUUUCAGAAGAUGUGAAAAGCACUUCUGCAUCUACCUCUUUGCUGCUGG